UUAGAAAAAAAAUUCACAGCGUCAGCCCCGGUGCGCCUUGAAAGGAUCGUUUCUUUCUUAAAGGACGUGGGGGGAAGGGAAACAAAACAGAUGGAUUAAUAAAUCAUUUUUAAAUGCCCCGUUUAACCGCCCAAUCAGCUUUUCUGUACUGAUUGUGCCCCCUUUGUAAAUAUCUUCUGUUUGCCCUUGAUCUUUUCCUUAUCCCCACCCGGUGCUGAUCCAGCAAACGUUUAAAGGUCGCCUUAUCGUACAGGCUUUCAAACUAUUCCCAUACCAUGUUGGGGAGAACACGAGUGGCUUGGAAAUAGGGUUCCAGACUUUAAAAGGAGAUUAUUCGGAGCAGGAAAUAAAAAAGCAGUGUAGCCUCAUUGUUAAAGGAUUUUGAUAUUGACUUUGAUUUCUCUAAUCUUUAAUGACAGCUACGCUAAAUUUUGUUCCUGGUGAUGCACUGCAGAACAAUCCACUGUUAAUUGAAAUUCUGUUCGGAGCUUUUAACUUCAGCAAAAAAAACCCCCAACAUAUUUUGUUUCAUUGGAACUUUUUGACAAAAGUGUGUGCUUUACAUGAGUACUUUUAUACCAAGGUACUGCAAGAUUUGUGUUAGCAGUACGUGUGUUAAUACCUGAUUCUUGUCCCUUCUCUAACUUUAGACAGCUAAUUUCUCUUUUGUCCUCUGUGAAGGAGUGGCAACCAUAUCUUACAUUAAAUAUAAAAUGGAGUCAUGGAGAAGGAGAAAGGCAAUCGUGUUUGAGGCUGCCAAAAGCCCUGUUAGCUCUGCAACUUUUUGAAAUCUGAACUAUAAACAGCGCAAAAUAAAAAUUUAGUUUAUAUUGUACCUCACAUCUUAAAAUAUAGAAUAAUUUUUUAUUGAAAAAUUGCGAAUAAAUUUAUCGCAAUAAUUCCGUGGUCAUGGCCACCCUUAUGACAGACCAUACAUGCAUCUAUUCUGUAUGUGCUGACUGCAUUUCAGUUUGAGCAGUUGGAGGAAGAACUGUUGGAUGUGCACAGCGGACAUUUUCUCCUCAGUUUGCAUCAUUUCACCCGUGCACAGUUUAUGCGGAAGAUUUGCCUGGACUUAAAAUAAAUGUUGCAUAAUUUUAGUUGUUUGUGUGAAAUCUUCUAAGGCGGUUGUUAACAUUUUUAUAAUUCUGCAGCCUACAGUGCAGUCAAUAUGUUUGCAAACUUUAAAUUGAUAAAUGACCCUUGGACUAAGACCUCUCAGGCUAAACUAAUAGUCUGGUGCUAAAUUUUGCAGCUGAGUACUAUAAAUCGUCCAAAUAAGGGUUGGUAAUUGAACCCUUGACAGGCUUGGCAGUUCUGUGAUGUCUUAAAAAUUAUCCUUGCUGCUUUGUGAAUAACCAAACAGCCAGCUCAUGUGAUUUGGAAGUGCCCCAUGCUGUAUAUGUAAACACAAGCCCAUCUUCUGCAGCGUUGUUUGUAAGUCGGGCUGAAUGGAGCUGACAUCCUCACCUUCCGCAGGCAGGAACUGAAAUAGUUUGGUGCACAUUUUUUUGACUUGAAAAGUAACCUAUUUUAUGCAGAAAGCAAAGCUGAAAGAAUAGGCCUCCGAGCUUUAUCUUACUCUUUCCUUAUUUGGAUGUGUUUGCUUUUGUUUUUUCUUAAAGGAACAAGAGCACUCAAGGUGAAGGAUAAUAAUCAACUCGAAUCAGCACUUUGAAUGAAACUUUGUUUCCCUGUGGCGUCUUGAACACUUUCUUCUUCGGGUUUUGAAACAGACUUAUAACUCUGUGGCAUAGCAGCUAUGCAGCUUGAAAUCCAAGUAGCACUCAAUUUUAUUAUUUCCUAUUUGUACAAUAAGCUUCCCAGACGACGUGUCAACAUCUUUGGUGAAGAGCUUGAAAGACUUCUUAAGAAGAAAUAUGAAGGGCACUGGUAUCCAGAAAAGCCAUACAAAGGAUCAGGGUUUAGAUGUAUUCAUAUAGGGGAGAAAGUGGACCCAGUCAUAGAACAAGCAUCCAAAGAGAGUGGUUUGGACAUUGAUGAUGUUCGUGGCAACUUGCCUCAGGAUCUUAGUGUUUGGAUUGACCCGUUUGAGGUUUCAUACCAAAUCGGUGAAAAGGGACCAGUGAAAGUGCUUUAUGUGGAUGAUAAUGAAAAUGGAUGUGAGUUGGAUAAGGAAAUCAAGAACAGCUUUAACCCAGAGGCCCAGGUGUUCAUGCCAAUUAGUGACCCAGCAUCUUCAGUGUCUAGUUCUCCUUCUCCUCCCUUUGGUCACUCAGCUGCUGUGAGCCCAACUUUCAUGCCCCGCUCCACUCAGCCUUUAACCUUCACCACUGCCACAUUUGCUGCCACCAAGUUUGGCUCGACCAAAAUGAAGAAUAGCGGCCGUGGCAACAAGGUCGCCCGCACCUCUCCCACCAACCUUGGCUUGAAUGUCAAUGACCUGUUGAAGCAGAAAGCCCUCUCCUCCUCCAUGCACUCUCUCUACGGGCUUGGCCUAGGCAGCCAGCAGCAGCAACAGCAACAGCAGAAGACUUCU